AUGGAAGAGCUUGAUUUUCGUUCAAAGACAUCAACAUCUCGCCUAAAGCUAUUUGGAUUCAACGUCGAAGGAGAAGAAGAUUUCUCCGAUCAGUCGGUGAAAACAAACCAAUCUUCCAUAUCCUCGGAGCCUAGCGAGUUUCCGGCGGGAUCCUCCGGAAGAAGUGGCGUUGGUGUACGAAACCGCAGCGGUGGAGGAGGAGGAGGAGGAGAACGUAAGUACGAGUGUCAGUACUGUUGCAGAGAGUUUGGUAACUCGCAAGCCCUAGGCGGUCACCAAAACGCUCACAAGAAAGAGCGUCAGCAACUCAAACGCGCUCAGCUUCAAGCUACACGAAACGCAGCCGCUAAUUACUCUGCCGCUGGAUCAGCGUCUCCGUUUCUAAGGAAUCCGAUAGUCUCUGCUUUCGCUCCUCCGCCGCAUCUCCUAUCAUCCGCCGUGUCACCUCCGGUGGGAGGAGUUCCUUGGAUGUAUCUUCCACGUGUCUCUCCUUCUCAGCUCCACGUGUCGCAUGGAUGCGUGAUUCAGGAUGGUCCGAGUUCCGGCGCGGUUGGGUUCUCGUAUGAUUCUGGAUUUGGGAUUAAUGGGCCUCAUAUGAGACAUGUUCAAGCCCAGGGGCCGAGACCUACGUCGGUUAAUGGGUUUUCAAGAGAAGUGGGGUCUACUUUUGAUGAUGGCUUAGGGUUGGAUUUGCAUCUGAGUCUUGCACCAGCUGGUCAUUGA